ACUUGAGAUUUUCUCUUUCUCCAUUUCCUUUGACCCUAGUUUUUAGCAAACUUUCCAUCCACCCACAUGUUUUAUGCCUUAUCUAUCCUUUUUUUCCCCCAGGUUACUUUUUCAACAUGCCCACCGACCCUCGUAUUUCCUGUACCAAAGGCACCUUUUCAAUGAUUUCUGACUUUAAUUUUGUGCAAGGGAGAAUUGAGGUCCAGUUUUGGCAUCACUGAGCCUAGAUCACAUCCUACUGGUCUGCAACUGUUCCUUCUCCCCGAAUCGUUUUUUUAAUACUGGCGCCUUUCACCUUCCUACCAAGAUCACUCCAUGGAUGAAAUGACAGCAGUGGUGAAGAUUGAAAAAGGAGUUGGUGGCAGUAACGGGGGCAAUGGAAAUGGUAGUGGUGCCUUUUCUCAGGCUCGAAGCAGCAGCGCAGGCAGCAGCAGCAGCAGCGGAGGAGGAGGGCAGGAAUCCCAGCCAUCCCCUUUGGCUCUGCUGGCAGCAACUUGCAGCAGAAUUGAGUCACCCAAUGAAAACAGCAACAACUCCCAGGGCCCAAGCCAGUCAGGGGGCACAGGUGAGCUUGACCUCACAGCCACACAACUUUCCCAGGGUGCCAAUGGCUGGCAGAUCAUCUCUUCCUCCUCUGGGGCUACCCCUACCUCGAAGGAACAGAGUGGCAGCAGUACCAACGGCAACAAUGGCAGUGAGUCUUCCAAGAAUCGCACGGUCUCCGGUGGGCAGUAUGUUGUGGCUGCCACUUCCAACCUUCAGAACCAGCAAGUCCUGACCGGACUACCUGGAGUGAUGCCUAAUAUUCAGUAUCAAGUAAUCCCACAGUUCCAGACCGUUGAUGGGCAACAGCUGCAGUUUGCUGCCACUGGGGCCCAAGUGCAGCAGGAUGGUUCAGGUCAGAUACAGAUCAUACCAGGUGCAAACCAACAGAUCAUCACAAACCGAGGAAGUGGAGGCAACAUCAUUGCUGCUAUGCCAAACCUACUCCAGCAGGCUGUCCCCCUUCAAGGCCUGGCUAAUAAUGUACUCUCAGGACAGACUCAGUAUGUGACCAACGUACCAGUGGCCCUGAAUGGGAAUAUUACCUUGCUGCCUGUCAACAGCGUUUCUGCAGCUACCUUGACUCCUAGCUCUCAGGCAGUCACGAUCAGCAGCUCUGGGUCCCAGGAGAGUGGCUCACAGCCUGUCACCUCAGGGACUGCCAUCAGUUCUGCCAGUUUGGUAUCUUCACAAGCCAGUUCCAGCUCCUUUUUCACCAAUGCCAAUAGCUACUCAACAACUACUACCACCAGCAACAUGGGAAUUAUGAACUUUACCACCAGCGGAUCAGCAGGGACCAGCUCUCAGAGCCAGACACCCCAGAGGGUCAGCGGGCUGCAGGGAUCUGAUACUCUGAACAUCCAGCAGAACCAGACAUCUGGAGGUUCACUGCAAGCAAGUCAACAAAAAGAGGGAGAGCAAAACCAGCAGACACAGCAACAACAACAAAUUCUCAUCCAGCCUCAGCUGGUUCAAGGGGGACAGGCCCUUCAGGCCCUCCAAGCCACCCCAUUGUCAGGGCAGACCUUUACAACUCAAGCUAUCACCCAGGAAACCCUCCAGAACCUUCAGCUUCAGGCUGUUCCAAACUCUGGCCCCAUCAUCAUCCGGACACCAACAGUGGGGCCCAAUGGACAGGUCAGCUGGCAGACUCUUCAGCUGCAGAACCUCCAAGUUCAGAACCCACAAGCCCAGACAAUCACCUUGGCCCCAAUGCAGGGUGUUUCUUUGGGGCAGACCAGCAGCAGCAGUACCACCCUUACGCCUAUUGCCUCAGCUGCCUCCAUCCCUGCCGGCACAGUCACUGUGAAUGCUGCUCAGCUCUCCUCCAUGCCUGGCCUCCAGACCAUUAACCUCAGUGCAUUGGGUGCUCCAGGAAUCCAGGUGCACCAGCUUCCAAGCCUACCCUUGGCAAUAGCAAAUGCCUCAGGUGAUCAUGGAGCUCAGCUUGGCCUCCAUGGGGCUGGUGGUGAUGGAAUACAUGAUGACCCAACAGGGGGAGAAGAAGGAGAGAACAGCCCAGAUCCCCAACCCCAAGCUGGUCGGAGGACCCGACGGGAAGCAUGCACCUGCCCCUACUGUAAAGACAGUGAAGGAAGGGGCUCUGGGGAUCCUGGCAAGAAGAAACAGCACAUUUGUCACAUGCAAGGCUGUGGCAAAGUAUAUGGCAAGACCUCACACCUACGGGCACACUUGCGCUGGCAUACGGGCGAGAGGCCUUUCAUGUGUAACUGGUCAUUCUGUGGGAAACGCUUCACACGUUCAGAUGAGUUACAGAGGCACAAACGCACACACACAGGUGAGAAGAAAUUUGCCUGCCCUGAGUGUCCGAAGCGCUUCAUGAGGAGUGACCACCUGUCAAAGCAUAUCAAGACCCACCAGAAUAAGAAGGGAGGCCCGGGUGUAGCCCUGAGUGUGGGCACUUUGCCCCUGGACAGUGGGGCAGGUUCAGAAGGCAGUGGUACUGCCACCCCUUCAGCCCUUAUUACCACCAACAUGGUAGCCAUGGAGGCCAUUUGUCCGGAGGGUAUUGCCCGUCUUGCCAACAGUGGCAUCAAUGUCAUGCAGGUGGCAGAUCUGCAGUCCAUUAAUAUCAGUGGCAAUGGCUUCUGAGAUCAGGCACCUGGGGCCAGAGACAUAUGGGCCAUACCCAUCAACCCUGGGAUGCAAGGUAGCAUGGGUCCAAGAGACGUGUGGGAGAGUGAGCCAUGAGGCAUUAAAAAUGCAUGGUGGUGGGAAAAAUUGGGGGUGGGAUACAAAAGAAGAGAUGGGGUCCUGGCACCCACCUGUAUCAUCAGUACCUUCUUAAAGUGGGAAACAUAGUGAAAAUUCUGUCGGUGCCACCUUUGCUGAGCAUUUGUUUGACCCCAAACAGUUUCUUAACACUUCUUACCCCAGCCUCCCCUUCCUGCAUUUCCCUUCUCAGCUCCCCCAUGAUGGAUCCCCCCCUUUCCUAAAGCCAUCAUGCCUUGAUAAAUAUAUAUGAUCAUUGAAAUACUUUUUAACAAAAACAGAUUCUAUAUUAUAUAUAUAUAUAUAAAAGAUAUAUAGAGAUGCAUUUGCAGGGGUUGGCUGGGAGGAGGAAGGAGACCAUUCUGUGACCAAAAUACCUUGGUCAUUUUUUUUUAUAUUGCCUUAUUUCCUUAUGGCUGAGCCUUGUUGUGACACAUCAAGAUUUCUAAUAGAUGUUGUCUUGGCUUCCCACCAGAUUAAGCAUUUAUAUGCUCUGCUUUUAGUUUAUAUAUACAUACAUAAUGUUUUCCUUUCUUAAUUUUGUCUUUUAAUUUGGGAUCAGCUUCUUGCACUCUUUCCCUGACUCAUGCCUUUCUGUCUCCCCUUCUCUCGCCUGAUCACUUCAUGUUUUGUUUUUGGUAGUGGUCCCUGGAUGAGGCACUUCUGUCAUUUUUUAAUAAAGUCCUUAGUCCCAGCAGCAGAAUGGAGAAGCCUUGAAGCUCAGGCGAAUGCUUGAGGUAGCUGUGAAGAGAGUGUUCAAAAUACUACUGACGCAGGCACCCUUUUGGUGCUGGAGAGUCAAAGGCACCUCUCUCUUCAUUGGCUGCUCUAAGCAUCAGGAAUCAGAAGUCUUUCUAUGGAAUUGUACAAGAGACCCUUUGAAAGUUAUAGUCUGGGAUCAGUUUGUCCAAACUGUGAAAAGAUGGUCAAAUAAUAGGUAGGAGCUUUCAGUAGGAAAAUGAUGUGCUCAGAAGUGGAAGUGACUCAAGUAGUUCAGUUCAUGAGUUAGUGGAGUAUUUGGACCUUUGUGCAACUGUCUUCCAAGGUAGCUCUAAGCUUUGAUGUGUGGGCUUCUGAGUUCACGUUCUGAAAGGAAAUACACUUCCUCUUUUGAACAUCUCCAGUAGUUGCUUUCCCAUUAUGUUAUUACAGAGCAUCAGCCAGUGACUCUGUUCUGGAUUUCCAUUCUGCAGAACUCCAGAGCAUGGAUCAGUGGCUAGGCAAUGGUUCUUUGAUCUUUCCCCUUCACUCUUCGUAGGGUGACUCCUGAGGGGAAAGGAAGUGCUCAUGAUCAUGGGAAUGAUAGCCCAGAACAAAAAGAAAUCUUGUCUUACCACUGUGGCUUAUAGGGGAGACCAGGGAAAACCAUCCUGCUUUUCUCCAUGGCCUGAUUCCUGAAGAGACUGAUCCAAAAAUUACAGCGGCAGGGAACUCUUAGUGCAUUUGGCACUGAGAUUUAAAUGCAACCAGAGUUGUCCUCAAGGCCCAGCCAUUAAAACAUUGUCUCUCUUGACUUUCUGGUAUCUCGUCAGAGAGCUUUUCACUGUGAGGAAGUGUGGAAAUGGCUGUGUGUAUGUGUGUAAUCUGUUAGAUUGGGGAUAGGUUUUCUGUUAGCCAAUAUAUAAGAGACCUGCAAUAAAAAAUUACCCUAAUCUGAUAGAAA